AUGGACGCGCUCUCGGGGGUCCGGCCCCGCCGGUCUCGUGGGGACCUUGGCCAGUCGGCCCCUGCACCAGGCCCCGCGGUGCCCCCACUGUCCGCGGGCAGUGCGUCGCAGGCCUCGCCGCAGCCCUGGGCGCGCUUCUCCGCCUGGCUGGAGUGCGUGUGCGUGGUCACCUUCGACCUGGAGCUGGGCCAGGCGCUGGAGCUGGUGUACCCAAGUGACUUCAGGCUCACGGACAAGGAGAAAAGCAGCAUCUGCUACCUGGCCUUCCCUGAUUCUCAUUCAGGUUGCCUUGGGGACACUCAGUUCAGUUUCCGCAUCCGCCAGUCUGGGGGCCUGAGAAGUCCUUGGCACGUGGACGAUGGCUACUACAGCAGCAGGGCCCCCAUGUCGCUGCAGAGGGAACAAGCACACUACUUCGGUUACGUGUACUUCCGGCAGGUGAAGGACAGCUCCGUGAAGAGGGGCUACUUCCAGAAGUCCCUGGUGCUGGUGUCCCGCCUACCCUUCGUCAGACUGUUCCAGGCCCUGCUGAGCCUAGUGGCCCCUGAAUUCUUUGACAAGCUGGCACCCUGCCUGGAGGCCGUAUGCAGUGAGAUUGACCAGUGGCCAUCACCCAUGCCAGGGCGGACCCUCAACCUGCCUGUCAUGGGGGUCGUCCUUCAGGUGCGGAUUCCAACCAGAGUGGACCUGCCUGAGUCCAGCCCCCCAAAGCAGUGCAGCCAGGAGAAACUGCUGCCUGCCCCUGUUGUCCUGGCCGCUGUUGACCAGCUGGACCUGUUCAGAUGUCUGCAGCCUGUGCUGAGCCUCAUACAGACGCUGUGGGAGCUUCUACUCCUUGGGGAGCCCCUGCUGGUCCUGGCACCAUCACCCACUUUGUCCUCAGAGAUGGUGCUGGCCCUGACCAGCUGCCUGAGGCCCCUCAAGUUCUGCUGUGAUUAUCGCCCCUACUUUACCAUCCACGACAGUGAGUUCAAGGAAUUCACCACUCGGACCCAGUCCCCACCGAAUGUGGUCCUGGGAGUCACAAACCCUUUCUUUAUCAAAACACUCCAGCACUGGCCCCACAUCCUCCGGAUUGGGGAGCCAAAAAUGUCAGGGGACCUUCCUAAGCAGGUCAAGCUGAAAAAGCCCUCUCGCCUGAAGACCCUGGACACCAAGCCAGGCCUCUACACCACAUACACAGCACACCUGCACAGGGACAAGGUCCUGCUCAAGAGGCUGUUGAAGGGUGUGCAGAAGCAGCGGCCUGUGGACGUGCAGAGCGCGCUGCUGCAGAGACAUCUCCUGGAGCUCACACAGAGCUUCAUCUUCCCGCUGGAGCACUACAUGGCCAGCCUUAUGCCCCUGCAGAGGAGCAUCACGCCGUGGAAGACGCCCCCCCAGAUUCGCCCUUUCCGCCAGGAAGACUUCCUGCGCAGCCUGGAGCGUUCAGGGCCCCAGCUCACCUGUGUCGUCAAGGGCGACUGGCUGGGCCUUUACAGGCGCUUUUUCAAAUCUCCCCAUUUUGACGGCUGGUACCGCCAGAGGCACAAAGACAUGGCCCAAAAGCUGGAAGCGCUGCACCUGGAGGCCAUCUGUGAUGCGAACAUCGAGGCCUGGAUAAAGGACAAGUCUGAGGUGGAGGUCGUAGACCUGGUUCUGAAACUUCGGGAGAAACUGGUCCGGGCGCAGGCCCACCAACUGCCAGUGAAGGAGGCAACGCUGCAGCGGGUGCAGCUCUACAUCCAGACGGUCAUCAGCUCCCUGCCCAAAGACCUGCAGGCCGUGCUGUGCCCUCCGUGA